AUGUUUCCGAAAUUAUAGAAUCCAAUUUACGAUAUUUUUAAUUUGUUUUAUUUAAUCUUUUUACCAAUUAGAGAUUUCGGAAAUGAUUAUUUGGAUUUAACCAAAAAAAAUAAAUAUCAAAAAGAUCAUAUGUUUCUAGACCUUAAAGGACGAAAUAUAUAGAGACUAGCACAGCCACCUUUUAGACAGCAAAUAACUGAUAAAAAUUAACAAAAAGUUGACACUUCAAUAUUAAAAUUAAAACACGAAAGAUUUUAUCAUAGUUCUGUGCCAUCUUUACCACCUCUAUACAUAAUUAGACCAAUUAGAAAGGAAACAAAGGAUCGAGAUUAUAUUAAAGCAUAAUUUAUAAAAAAUUAGUUUGAAAAUUAUGAAAAGCUAUUUUAAACUGAACCAAACUAGCUAAAAUUAAAUUCUGAUUUCUAUUUCGUAAGUGAAAAAUGA